AUGGCCUCAUCACCGCAGUCCACAGCCCGGGAGGCGGGCGGGCCCCUCAGAGUUGCAUUGCCACUGCAUCUGGCUGCCUCUGCUACGGCCCACUUUUGCACGCGCGAGGCCAGCUGCCGCGUGCUCGGCACCGUUCUCGGCGCCCCAGGCGUGGACUGGUUCCUCACGCAGGGAGCCCACGAGGCAAAACACAACGAUGGCGUCGCCAAGCGCGACGCGUCCGGCGAACCGGACAAGCGGCUCCUCAUCGAGCUCACCGGCGACGACGUCCCGCGCGCGCUGCGGAGCGUCGUCUUCGAGAACGAGCUCCCGAACCGUUGGCAGUACCUGGACCCGCAGGGCAGCGUGCAGGGGCCGUUCGACAUGGACAGGUUGAUCCGGUGGCGCGAGCGGUCCUUCUUCGGGCCCGAGCUCGCGGUCUGCUCGGAGAAGCACGGCGUGUGGAUGCCGCUGCACCUCGCGGAGGCCAUCGCGAAGCCCGCGUCGGGCGCGGUUUCGCAAUGCGCGCCCAGCAAGGCGUCGAGCGGCGACGCGCAGACCGCGCACGUGCACCCGGAGUCCAGCGACGUCGAGAUGACCGAAGUCGAGCUCGGCGUCCUCGAGGAGCUCGCGCAGGCCCGCAGCAGCGGCGAGCUCAGCGCGGACGCGCUCGCCGCGGCGCAGUGCGAGCUGCAGCUCCCGGUGCCCAUGGAGAUCGACACCGCGCCCCGGCGGCUGCUCUUCGUCGUGGACACGAACGUCCUGCUCUCGAACCUCUCGCUCGUCACGACCAUCGCGAGCGGCCGCCCCGCGGAGGAGAACCUCAGCGACGCCCCCGCGGUGUCGGUGAUCGUCCCGUGGACGGCGCUGCAGGAGCUCGACCGCCUGAAGACCGAGUCCGGCGUCGGCGGGUCGUGCGACACGCGGAAGCGCGAGGUCUCGGCGCUGGCGCGCGCCGCGAUCCGCACGCUGAGCGAUUCGAUGACGCACGGCGCAGGCCACGCGAGCAACGGCGCGAGCGGCAUCUUCGGGCAGUCGAUGGCCGACUACGCCGCGGCGGAGCGCAUCGUCGGUGGCAGCGUGGCGCGCGCCACCACGAACGACGACCGCAUCCUGCAGUGCGCCGUCUACAUGCGGCUGCGGGGCGCGCGCGCCGCCCUCGAGGCGCAACUCAUGGGCGGCCAUGCGCACCAGGUGGCGGUGCUGCUGGUGACGAACGACCGCGCGCUGUCGCUCAAGUGCACGGUGAACAACGUGGCGUCUGCGCCGGCGUCGGUCCUCCAGCAAGCCGUGGACACGAUGCCGUGGAGCCAGACGAUGGAGACGCUCUUCCGCGCUGCCGUGGCCACCAGCUCCGCCAACUCGUCGGUCUCGGGCAAGUCGAGCGACGUGACCGGCACGUGCGACACCUCGGUGUGGGCCGCGGGCGCCCCCGCCGCGCACAACGCCCUCGGCGGCGCCGGCGCGGUGGGGAACAUGGCGCAGGACGUCAUGGGCAUGUUCGGCGCGCUGCCGACGUCCGCGGGCCUCGGCGGGGCCGGAGGUGCUCAGCAGCAGCUGUCCGCAGACUUCGCGGGCCACCUCGGCGGCGCGCAGGCCGCGAUGUUCGGCGUGGGCGGCGGCGGGAACGGUCACGGCGCCGCGGGGGUGCCGCACGGCAUGCAGCACGCGGGCGGCCAGCAGGGUUUCGGGUUCGACGCCUUCGCGCUGCCGCAGGCGCAGGCCGGGGCGCAGGCGCCCGAGAUGAGUCCGGCGGGCGCGGGCCCCGGCACGGAAGCCGCGCACAAGUACCUCAUGAGUCUGCUGACUCAGGGGGUGGACUCCGGCCUCCUCGCAAGCCUCGACGCGCAGCAGCAGCAGGCGAUCGUCGCGGCGCUGUCCGCGGCGGGCAUGUCGCAGCCCGCGCGCCAGCAGCAGCGCGCUGCCGCGCCUGCGGGGUCGCAGUGGAUGGCGUCGGCCGCCCCGGGCGCGUCGCUCCCGCCCACGUCCGCCGCGGGCGCACUCGGCAUGUCGGGCCUCGGCCUCGGCGCCGGCGGCGACGCGCAGGUCCAGAUCGAACAGCACCGCCAGCAGCUCCAGGCCAUGGCUCGGCAGGCGGCGCUCUCGGUGCCGCACACCGCGCAGGCGCCCGUGGGCGCCGCGGACCUGAUGCAGCAGUGCAUGUACGUCCUCGGGCGCGCCCUCGCGCCCGUGAUCAAGCACGCCUCGGCCCGGCUCGUCAGCCCCGAGUGGAAGGACCUCCUGAUCGCGAAGAACCCGGGGCGCUGGGACGGCCCGAAGGCGAUCAACGUGAUGAACAAGCAGUGGAUGCCGGUGUUCCGCGACCUGCUGCCGCGGCACGGCGAGAUGCUGCUGCGGUCGCUGCAGGACCGCGCGCACUCGCUGCGGCGCGGGAACCGGACGUACCUGAGCAAGGCGCACGUGCACCAGACGGUGAGCGAGGCGAUCGAGCUGGUGAGCAUGCUGCAGCCCGUGCUGCAGGGCGUGCCGUCGCCGGACGCGUCGCCCGAGCACGUGGCCAUCGUGCAGGACCUGCGCCUGGCCGAGGCGAUGGGCAACGCCGUCGCGGAGCUGCGCGUGCUCCUCGCGCAGUGCGCAGAGAAUUGA